AUUUGUUCAUAAGCAGAAUGUGAAGGAGAACACCGGCAUUAAACUUCAAGUGUUUGAAGACGUAUAGUUUUGUCCAUCAUUGAUUGGCACAACAAAUGAUGUAUUAUUAGAUCAAUUGACAAAGUUACAACAAGUGAAAAUUUGCCUUUAAUUUUGUAUUGUUAUGUGUGAAGAGGCCCUCCUUGGAUUUCAUUAAAACUGGAUCAGUACGAAGAAGAAGAAGCAGUCUGAGGUUUCAGUUACUUAUCAACUUUGGAGAUCAAAAAAGCUACUCCAAAAUGUCGACAGUAGUUGCCGAAACCAUUACCACCUUGAUGGAAGACCUCAGAAUGAAAGAAAAGCCCACUUCAAAACUGGUCCGUACAUCUUCGUUGGAAAGAAUCAGGGAAUUGAACAAUUACAUUUGUUCUCACAAUUACUUCUUCCUGCCAUCCCUCCUCAACUGGAUCAAAGCAUCCCAAACUGGCCUGGAGAGCAACAUUGAUGUCGCAACCACAUUCUACCAACAUCUCCUGUACAACAUUUUACUCUGCAAAAUCAUCGACUUCCAGCUGAUCUGCAAAGGAUGCUUCAAACAUUCCAAGAAAUCCUUCAGCUUCCAUUUGCUACAGCUUGUCUAUAAAACAUCGUCGAAAAUCACAGACUCGGAUUUCCUGUUCAAACUGGCCAUAUAUGCUUCUGUAGCUAUUGUAGGCUUACAAAUGUUCACCUGUUUUUAUUUAUUGUUCGUCAAGAGCCCUCCAGGUGGCCUGCUGUUUCUUUCUGGUGGAUGCGUAUGGUCCGUAGCGUAUCUUUUUUACGAAUCAGUCAUCCAUUUCGAAAAACAGAGGAGGAAAGGGAGUUUGAAGUUCAAGCAGACUUCCAACUGAAUCCAGGGUAUUUUCCGUACCCACCAUCACAUUGUUCAGACUUUCCACCCGAUAAGUUUCAUUUUAAUUCCUUAAUUUAUAGUGUCACGUUUGAUAAAACUGUUCAUCAUUGCCAUAACUCAUUCAUCGUUAUUUAUAUUUCCGCUGCAUUUUUGGGGCAUAUUGCGAUAGUGCCAUAUUUUUUGUGUAUAAUGGUAAAAAAUCGAUCGUUCCCAUAGGGUUCGAUUGACGUUUUUUACUACUUAAAAUAUGUGAUAUUAUUUUUUGGUUUUAGCUUUAAGUAGAAAUGGUUUUAUAAACUGUUUGGAGAAUAUAUUUCAAUUUUAUGAAAUGAUGCUGAAGAAAAGUUGUAAAUUUAUUUAAUAUAUAUAUAUACCGACCAUUUUUAUAAA